UCUAAGUUCACCUUAAACUCUGCAGAGCUUCAGCCAUAACCUAGACUUAAGACCUUGUUGCCACAUAAUGUUAAAUUAUAUAUUUACUUUUAAGCGCAUUUUAGAGCGCGGUGGUGUAGCAAAUUUGCAUAUCACACAUUCAAAUUUGGAAGGUGAAUGUAACGUAUAUUUUGCAACACGCGGUUGUGUGUUUCAAAUUUCGUAACUUAGUAUAGAAUGACGCGGCAUUCUAAAUAUUAUUAAAAUAAAAUAAAAUAAAAUAAAAAAAACAGCAUCAAAUUUAAGAUUGAAAAUGAGACGGCUUUAAAAAUUUCAAUUUUAAAAAGUGUGUAAUUUUAACUUAAGUCCUCCAAAAGUACCCGAAAUUGUGAAGAAUUUUUGAUGCUCAUUACCUCAUGUACAAGAAAAAAAAUGUUGCUUAAAUGUAUCGGACAGAAGUGUGUAUAACUUGUUGGGUGUAUCAUUGUAUUUAUUUCCUUUUAAAUUUAACUUUCGCGGUUUUUUGCUGUAGCUGACCUCUUUUUCUUUCUUCCGUUCAGAUUAACUUAGUCCAGUCAUAAUAUGCGUUUUUGUUUUCUUAUAAUUAAUAUUAUGACAGAUUAUGCUUUAGGGUUAUAGAAAUAUUGCUGAAGUAUGUUCUGAAAUAGAAUAAUUUUGGUAAUAUUAGUUAUCGAAAUCUCAUUUCAUUUUUGAUUGCAGUUGCUCCCUUUGGGUCACGAUGACGUCAUCAGCGGUCGACCACGCCCUUCUGACGCCGCUGGAUUCCUGAUUGGCCGUCUGCUGACGUCACUAUGGGAAGUAGUUGUUCCUCGGCUCAGAAGAAAAAAGACAAAGAUCGUCAAAAUGCACAAGGCGGGCAAUCACCAAUUGGUGGACGCCGUCGCUCAACAGACAGCCUACCUUAUGGCAAGAGCUCACCUCCAUCUUCACGACGUCCAUCUUUUGAUCCUAAUUCUGCUCCUGCCCCUUUACCAGAGCAAGCAGAAAGUCCCACAGAAACUUCAGCAGCACAUAAAGUACCUGUGGAUGCUGCAUUGUCCUCGGUGAGUGCUGGUGGAUCAUCUUGUUCUCCUCCUCCUGGGACGACUGGAACUCCAGUGAUAAAAGAUGCCCCAUCUUUGGAUGCAAUUGGUCUUCCUGACUUGCAACGAUUUCCAGAACAUGUACAAUCACUUGUCUUGGGGCGUAUAGACCAGAUUGAUACCCUGCCUCCUCUGCAAGAAAUUACUUUGUAUAUUGCAGCUGAUUUUUAUGAUUCUGUUGUUGAACGUGACGCCUUAACAGAACGCAUUUUUCCUUAUUUGAGGAGAUACACUGCUGAGAAAGGAUAUGAGUUAAACGUGAGUGACUUGCACUGGGGAAUUCCAGGAGUGGGGCUUGUUGACCACAGUUUGCCAGAGUUAUGUAUGAAUACUUUAGAAAAGUGGAGAACAAGAAGACGACUGUUGACUCUGGUUGUGUUUAAUGAUAACAUUGGUGCCACUCUUCUUCCACACACAUUACCAAAGCCUCAUUUUGAAUCUGGAAUGGAAUCAGUGGAAAAUGAAGAAGAUAAGGAACUUUUUUACAAGUGGUAUAAAUUAGAUUCUAAAGCAUCUCCCAUGGUAUAUGUGCUACAGCCUGUGAUUACUCAUUAUCCAGCUAUGGCAGGGGAAGAUAUUUCUGAGAGGAAAAAUUCAACAAAUAAAUGGAAAGAAGAAGCCCAGAAAAUGAUAACUGUCUUUGGAAAUAUUCUUCCAGAUGGCCAGAAGCAAAAGAAUCUCACUUCUGUUUUGCAAGAAGAAAUCAAAUUUAUAGUAACUGAUGAUCCUCAAGAAGCAAAAAGAGUUUUAUGGAUGCAGCGUCGUUUUACGCACAAGCCAUCUAGUAGUGAUAAAUCAUCUCCAAAUACACGUAGAAUUGAUCAAUCAAAAAUCCAACUAGAAGACUAUUUACCAGACACCCAGAAAUUGGUAUUUUAUGUGAAGUGGCAUGAAGAAGGGAUUGAUCCACAGAAUUUUGAAGAGGAUGAGCAGUAUAUAUCAGAUGUUUGCGAUACUCUGAAAGAUGAACUGAAAAAAUUAAUUGAUGGUCUUUUAGAAGAGGAUUUUCUUGAUGAAGCUCAUGAUAUAUAUAGAGGAAUUGAAAAGCCUUUAUAUAUAGAACUAAUUCAACAGUAUCAAGCAUGCCAAAAGUUAAGCAAGAACUUCUUGCAUUGUGAAACCAGCCUUCAAUCUGUAAAGGAAUAUAUAACUGGAAGUAAAAGCUCUCCUUUAAUAGUACAUGGACCUUCAGGCUGUGGUAAGACAUGCCUUAUGGCAAAGAUUACAGAAUUAGCAUCUACAUGGUCCCCUGGAGCAUGUAUAGUUACUAGGCUUGUGGGCUUGACUGCAGAAUCUGCAACUCAACAGCAGCUUUUGAGAAGUAUAUCAGAACAGUGUUGUGCCUUGUAUGGUGAGCACCCAGCUGUAGCUUCUGCAACCAUGCAUAAUUGGGAUCAUGGACUUAGUAAACUCUUACUAAAAGUAUCAGAGUUGAGACCUCUCAUCAUUAUUAUAGAUGGUAUUGAUCAGCUUGCUGAGUACAGCAGUAAAGACCUUCAGUGGCUACCCAUAGAGCUUCCUCCAAAUGUGAAAUUAAUCAUUACUGUUCGAGAUGGUACUGAAGAAUUGAACAAAAUAAAGGAACUUCUGGAAGGUUGUGAUUGUUUCUUUUCCCAUCAUCCACCUAGCAUUGCUGAAGCUACAUCUACAAUUGCCAAAUUGUUAGGAACCCAAAAGAAAAGGCUGACUGAAUCUCAGCAUAAUAUGAUUGCUGAAUUUCUGAAAGAAGAUUCUAGUGCACGUUUCUCUCAUUUACUUGGUCUUAUGUCUUUACAGUGGGCUGAAAUGUUAGAAGAAAAAGCUGAGAGUAUUCAAAAGAACACUGAAGGACUUGUUUUUCAGUAUUUAUCACAUGUUGAAUCCCACUUAGGUGUAACAUUAAUAACUUUUGUACUUGGACUUUUGGUUGUUGCUAAGCAUGGAAUUUGUGAAAGUGAAAUGCUUGAUUUAUUGUCAUGUGAAGAUACUGUAUUAAAUAUAGUGUUUUUUGGUGAAGAACCAAGAGUCCGUAGAUUUCCCGCUGUGCUUUGGGCAUCAGUAAAAAAAUUUUUAGACCCUUUUAUUCAAACCCAAGUUCUUGGAGGUCGAACUUUAACAAUGAUUUCAUGUGAAGCAUAUAGGACAGUAAUUGAAAAAUAUCUUAAAAAUAAAGGGCACACAAUUAAAGCUUCUGUGCAAGUACUUGCUGAUUACUUUUUUGGUAAAUGGGCUGAAGGCAGAAAGAAACCCAUUUCUUUCAGUUCGGAAAAAGCACAAGAUAGAUUUGUUUUAGAUCAACCCCUUGCAUUUGGGCCCAACCCCAACAGGAGAAAACUCGAAGAACUUCCUUAUCUUGUUUUACAGCUUAAUGAUUCUAUACAGGACAACUUUUUAUUUGAUGCAACAUGGCUUUUAUACAAGUUUUGUGGUUCAGAUCCUUUCCAGUUACUAGAAGACAUUUCAGGAUAUGUAAAAACAUUAUCAGAAAUUGAUAAACAAAUAGAAUUGCUUGAAAAUUUUGUACAAUUGUCUAGUUAUGCACUGCGCAGUGAUGGGUCUCAGUUUUUUGCGCAAAUGUAUGGCCGUCUGAGGAACAUUUUUACGAAUUCAGAAAAUGCUUCUCAUUAUCCUGCUAUAAAAAGCAUGUAUGAUACAUCAUGUAAACCUCCACUUUCUUCAUUAUUGCCCAUUGGCUCUUGCUUAAAAGAACCUGGCAUUGCUGUUCCCUUGACUAAUUGCAAUUCUGAACAUAAGACCAAUUCUCCAAACACUGACUCACCAAAUGGGAAAAGCUUUCCUUUUACUGGUUUGUACACUAUCAAAGAGGAUAAAGCUCAUGCUGUAUCAAUAUCUAGUGAAACCAAUGAAAUAGUAGUAUGGAACAUAUACGAGCAGGCUGCUGUUAGACGCAUGACUGGAAUUAAUCAGCCCAAAGACAUUAAGAUGAUUGAUGUUCAUCGAGCUCUAGUUUUGUGCAACCGGGAAUUAAAAGUCUAUCAUCUAGACCAAGGCACUUUAGUAGUGAAGUUAAAAGGUGUGAUGAAUCAAAAAAUGGCUUAUUAUGGUUUACAUAAUGAAAAUUAUGCUGUUGCUUUGUCAAGAAAUCGGAUGUACGUCAACAUGACAAAUCUUGCUACAGGGGAUCUUGAAACCACUUUUAAAGUAGGAGAGGACAGGUUUUUAAACAGUCUACUUGUAUCAGCCAAUGGCCGAAUAUGUGUCUGUGGAGAUGAAACACAGAAACCUUUUCCUUUACUAGUAUGGGAUCUAACAAGCAGGAAAUUAGUAUAUGAUCUCAGGAUACCUCACCAUGAGUUUGUGACGCGAUUGUCUGCAAUUAGUGAUGAUGGUCAUUAUGUUGUAUCUGUCUGCAGGGAAUUGCAUGAUGCAUCACCAAACUUCAUUAUUGUAUAUGACUUACAAAGUGGGACAUUAUUUAAGAAAUGGAAACCAGAAAGUAGUAGUUGCAGCAUAGCUAUAUCUUCUCAAGGUGGUUGCGUUAUUAAUGGUUUGGAAAAUACAUGGGUGCUAGUUUGGGAUUUGUCAACAGGGGCUAGAAGAUUCACUCUGAGAGGACAUAGUGCUCCAGUUGAUCAGAUUCGAAUGGAAGAGCUAGGUAAAAGAUGUCUAACAUAUGAUUCUAGAGGUCGAGAUCGAAGUGUACGAGUAUGGGAUGUUACAAAAGGUGAAUGUUUAGCAGUCUUUACACCUGAUCAAGAAUUUUCUUGUUGUGAGCUGUCUCUGGAUGGAAAAGCUGUCAUUCUAGGUCUGAAAGGCUUUGAUACUAUAACCACACUUCUGCUGUGCCGGGAAAGUACAGUUGAGGAUGAAAUGCCAAAACUUACUUGCUAUGGUGAUCCAAAGUUGAAAAACAAAGUCUUUGAUAUGAGUCAUGAAAAUCAGUGAAUUACAAAAUGCUUUUUGUUUCCUUGAAAAGCUCGAGCAUGGUAAUUUAAUUACCUUGUAGCUGCAGUUUCCAUUGAGAUUCAUGUAUAACAAUUUUUAUUAACUUCUGAAGGGGUCAUUUUAUCUUAGCACUACUGAACAAUGAAAGCAACUGUGACAUUGGUAUUUUAUUUUCCAUGGCUUUCAGGCUGACUAUAUUUUCUAAAGGAAGAAGAUAAUGACUCAAAGUAAUGUUGUUGCCUAGUAACCACUUGGAAUUUUGAGUUAGUUUUUAAGUGAAAAAUGAAGCCAAAAAAAUAUGAUCAUGGAAUUACUGAUAAGUGUUCUCAUCUUAAUCAUCUCAAGUUAAAAUAGUGAUGAUACCUAAUGAUCAACUUUGGAUUUUAUAUAUGUGUGUUGAUAUGGUAGUAUUAUGCUGCUACAUAGCAGUUUACAAUAACAGGUGGUGGAUUUCAAGCUGUGUAAAUGUCAUGUUGGAUAUGUGCAUUACUUGAUAAAAAAAUACUUUUAUGUUGUUUUGCUUUCGUUAUCUGUACAUAUAAAUCAAAUAUUUAUGAAACUCAGGUCUUUUCUUAUGCAUUAGUAAUGCAUUCAUAUUGCUUGUCAAUCAUUUUAAACAUCAGGCUAUAUUUGAGAAGGCAUUUUUGGUCAAUACUAAAGAGUUUUAUUAUUACUAUUAUUAUGUUCAUAUCGUUGAUUAUCUUACUGCUCAAAAUAUGAUAAAACUGCUAUGCAAUGUGAAUCAGUGUCUAUUAUCUUUUUUAAUAACCAAUUUUAAAGUUUACUGUUGGUAGCUCUUCACUAAAUUUUAAUGGGAAAAGAAUUUUUGCUAUUUGUGCUAUGUAUUUCUACUUGAACUCAUAAAUCAUUAACAAGGAUAUUUACACAAGAUAAUCAAUAAUAGAAUAGAUAUGAAGCUGAUGCAAAAUUUAUCACCUUUUGAGAUAUUCAAUUUAUAUAUAUAUAUUAUGUGUUUACUAUUUGCUGUUUCUAAACUUUGUGCAUAGCAAUAAAAUUUAUACAGAUUACUAGAUUUAUAAUGUCACAAUGGAAAGUAUUUUCUUUCGUAUUCUUCACUAUCAUUAUAUGGUAAAAUUCAGCCUUAAUGCACCUUAAAAAAAGUGUUCCUUAGGUAAAUUUACUCUUUAAUUCAUGUUUUGUGUUAGUUUUGUUACGCAAUGAAAUUAUGUAAAUGCGUGCUCUUUAGUGCCAUAUAUUUUUUCUCCUCUUAACUUACCUACUUGGCAAAAAUACUUGAAAAGCAUGUUCUAAGAAUUAACAUGUUGAUGUAAUGAUCAAAUUGGUAAAAGGAAAUUUUUAUGCUGUAUAAAUUCAUUACUCUGUGUCUGUGUAAAAACAUUCCAUUUUGAGGAAUUCUGCCCUAAUUAAAAUAUUCUUUAACUAUAACAUAGAAUUACACUUUAGGAAUUUAGACUUAACAAAUCUUCGAUUAUAUUUUUUAGCCUUUUCUUAAUUGCAAAGCACUGUCUAUGAUAAGUUUUCAUAUUUUCUAAAACCUUUAUAUGUGGAAACAGGAAACAUUUAUAUCAAGACAAAAAGUUAUGUAUGAAAGGGAAUUAUCAUUAAAUUAAAACAAGAAUUGGUUAUGUCUGUGAUUGCUGGUUUUUUACAAAUGAAGUCUAUCAACUUUUAUUGCAAUAAAAAAGAAAGGGAGCUCUUUGGGUUUCUUUUCUUCUCUAAAUAAAAUCAGUACAGUAAGUUCUAAAAAUUAAAAUAAGGUGUUUUCUUUUCAAAGAUUUAUCUUAAUUUCUCCAGCACAUGUGUUAAAUUAUGGACCAUAUUUUUAAUAAUAGACUUGCAAUUUUGCUUCAUUAGGAUUUGUACAAUUUUCUUCCCUCAAUUCAUUUUGUUUCAUGUUUGAAAAAGCAUGUUCAUGCUGAUGUGAAUCUGAUAACUGGAUCAAGAUAUUCAGGUUUGGCAGCAAAAGUCAUUUUUGCUCUGUAGAUCAUGAUGUGCUGCAUUAAUUUUAAUGUUUCCUUGAAUUAACUGUAUUCUGUCCCUUCUAAUUUCAAAAUACAUCUCAUUCGCUUCAGAAAUGCAUGCAAAAGAGCUAAAUUAGGAGAAAUAUCGCCCUGUGAGUAUAUAUCUAGAUUUAUCUUAAAUAAAAUGUAGUAUAGUAUGAGAACAGAUGAUUGUAGAUCAGUGUUGAUAGCAUGCUAUAACCUACCUGGCAGAAAUUUAACAUUAGAAGCUGGUUAAGGGUUCAGCGAGUGGUGAAUGUUUAAUUAUAUUCCAUUAUAAAUAAAAUAGCAUGUUAAAAAGAAAGUUCAAUUCUAUUUUGUUAGACAACUAUAGUCUUCUUUCUUGGCUUUUAUAUUAAGUAGCAUAUUAUAUAAGAAUAAUGCCUGUAAUUUAGAAGUUGCAUUAAGUUUAUUUCACUUCCAAUUGUAAUUGCAUUAGCUAACGUUUAUUGUGGAAUUUAUCUGAGAUGACCACUUCCAGUUCUAUGCUAUCUUUUAUGGAGGCAUUUGAGAGAAGUGAAUAUUCAAUACCAGUGUUUAUUUAUGAUUUCAGAGCUAGUUGGCUGUGAGAGAUGGUCACCAUGAGAGCUUUCAUUUUGUGUUACUUUGAUUUAACAUUAUGCACGGUAUUUUUUAAUAAGCGGUUUUUGGCUCUGUGUUUCAAUUGCUUUUCUAAUUAGUCAAAUAAAGAGCUUUCCUGAUCUAACUAUAAGUUCUUUUCUUAUAGGUUUGUGUAAAUACGAAUCAUUUGCAUAUAUUUGCCAUGUAGAUUCGACUUUAUUUCUAAUAUUUUCAUUGAAUAAAUUAAAACUUAGGGUGCUUACAUAUUAUCCCAUCAACCAUGAAAGUUGGCAAAAACCUUGCCAAAGAUGCACCACUCAUACUUAUGGAAUUCUGAAGGAACUAAUGCCUCUUUAUUUGAUAAACAGUUUGAUCUUCUUGGUUUUUAUGCUUCAUAAAAAGGCUUUCAUCGAUUUCUACUGUUACAUUAAAUCCUUCAAUUUUUACCAAAGUACAGGUAAUUUGUUACAGUAUGUUAAUAUUUUGUCAAACAUUCUGCUGACCAUAUCGUGUCCAUUAAUACAUCCUUUUUUUCUGUUGUAGGAUCCCAUAAUUUUCGAAAAUAAUCCAUUGCUUGCUGUUUUGUUGAAAGCAUAUCCAAAAUUUUAAUUAUUUUUUUUCCAAAAUGCAAGAAAAAUACAGCAGUAACAGUUAAUUUGUAUCCUUAUUCAUAAAAACAAAAAGGUGGGAGGUAUUUGUUUCAGUCUGUUACUGUUUUGGCAGCCAUGUGCAGCUGGCCAUAUCGGGUCCAUUAAUCACACUUUGCUUUCAGAUAGAAUCACAUAACUUUGAAAAUAAUCCACUGUAUGCUAUUCUGUAGAAUGCAGGUUCCAAAUUUUUCCCCCAAAAUGCUAGGAAACAGUAUUGCAAUAUGAAUUAAUUUAUAUCCUUGUUCAUAAAAACAAAAGGUGGAUUAUUAUGAAUCAAUUGGAUUACAUUUUACAAAAGUAUAUAUGCUAUAAGUGUGCUGUUAUGUCAUGCUUAUCCAUAAUUGGUACUAAAUAGCUUUGCUUGGUGAUAUUUUCAUGGUCAACUGGGUAAUUAGUAAAUAUCAAACUUAGGGAAAAAUAUAUAAAGCUGAUUCCAUUGUUUGGUAAGUAUGUUACCAUUACUUACUUAACAUUGUACAAAUUACUGUGCUAGGCAAAGAAAAAACUAUUAGAACUUGAUUAAGUUGACAGUGUGAAUGAAAUACUAGAAACUGUUUCAGUUUAUUUUAUCUGAUGUAUGAAACCAUCAUUCAAAGUAGUAUAAUUUUCUAUGACGUAGUUUUAUUUAUUUUGAAUUUCCAGUGUUUUGUUGUAUUUUGUUCAGGGGAAAAAACAACCUUUGUUCGCAUUUUCAAAGUAAAUUUAAUAUAUUACUUGGGAUCGUUCCAAAUGAAUAUUCAAAAGUAUUUCAACUGUGACAAAAUGUGAUUUUUAAUGUUGAAAAUUUUAGAGUUAUGUCUUCUGGUUUACAGUUUCAGUUUGUCAUGUUUAGACUUGAAUCAAAUUUCUGGCUGUUUGAACUCAGUUUUGUUCCCUGAAAAUCUAUUAACCAGCCAUUUGACUUUUUGUUAUUAUAAUUUAUUAUUUUUUAGGUUCAUGCUUGUUGUAUAAACUUUAUUGGUUUUCAGUAUAAUAUUUAAUUUUCAAUAUAAUACUUGAUAUAUGAACUUCUCUAGUAUUACUCACAUCCAAUUGUUCAGAAGAUAUUUAUUUUAUAUUUUUAAUUCACUGAAUGUAGUUUUUAUUUUUUAAAUUGCUAAAGAAAUAUCAGUGAGAGUUUAGUAUAGCUCAGUUGUAUAGAUAUGUUAAAUUUCUUUGUAUACGGAAAUGUUUGGGUCAGUCAAGCAGAAAUGUUGUAAUUGAAAUGUUUUGCUCUAGUCACCUGAAUUGUCUUCUUACAAAAAAUAUUCAUAUAUAUAUCUUGUUUUGAAAGCAAAAAGUUUUUUUAUUUUAUUUCUGUUAUAAGUUGUAUAUAAGAAAAGCUUAGCGCGUUCUUCAUCCUGUCAUUAUAUUCAUGUUAUCAUUUAUUUUCAUAUUUUAUGGUAUUAUAGUGCCUUAUAUUAAUCAUUAUGCUUAAUAAUUAAUCUUUUAAAGCAUUUCGAUAUUUAUUUAUUGUAAAAUUCAUUUAAUAACAUUUUUAUAUACCAUCAAUUGUCUUCAGUUAGGGAUUUUAAGUGUAAUUCUACAAUUAUUUUGUAAUUUCAGAAAAAAAUGUAGAAGCAAACAUUUUUAUUAUGCAGUUUUAUAGAUUCAGUAUUAAUUUCAAUCAGUGUGUCUCAUUUUUUACUGAGCAUUAUAAAUUCAGUUAUUAGUAGUGCAUAAUUAUACAACUUUCAAAGACAUAAACAUAUCACAUUAAAUUGCAAUUUUAUAUUAUGUUUCGUUUUUAUGCUAAAUUUUGAUUUAUUGUUGUCAUUUUUUUGCUUACAUGAUUGCUGUACUAUUAUUUGGCAUAUUCUGGUCUUCACUGUGCUUUUUUUUUUUUUUUUUUCCCCUACCUUUUUUUACUUUCUUUGUUCUUUUUUGUUGCUUUUACUGUUGGCAAAAAUUCUUAACUUGAUGUUGCAGAAAAAGAAACUCAUUUCAGAAGGUAGCAACUUGUCUCAAUCUUCUGCAAGAAUAAAAUCUAUAUAUUCAAAAAGGGUUAUUUGUAUAAAAUCAUCUAUCAUUUUGUUGUCAAUUAAAAUAAUUAAUCCUCUUUUUAUUGCAGUCAUUGUUAAAUAUACAAUACUGCUGAUUAUUAAAUUUCAAUUUAGUGUGCAUCUUGAAGUUAUUUACUUAUUUUAAACUGGUUAAAUUCUAAAUUAAUUGGUAGUUUCAUUUUUCUAGAUCCUUAAAAUGUAAAUGGAAUUUUCUGAGUUUCUCCAUGGAUUUAUAUUCUUGAUUUGAAUAAGUUUUGGAAAUGUCAGUAGUCUUCUUGUGUAGAAAAUGUAUGUCCUAACUUAUUUUAAAAAGAUGCAUAAAAGAAAAAUGUUGCUCUCUGGAAAUGAGAGGUGCUGUUUUUUCUCCUGAACUAGUUAUUAAUAUUUCAUCAUUCAGGUAUGAUUUAUGCUUAUGCUUGCUAUCAUAGAUUUGGAGAAAUCCAAAAAUAUUUUAAAAGGACAUCAAUGGGGCUCUAUUAACAUUUAUAACAUUAUUUUCCAUGAACAGUGAAACUUCAUUCUUAAUUUUACAAAAUUGUAAUUUUGUGAAGAAAAUGUAUAGGCACUCCAUUUUUUUAAUUAUAUAAGUCAUUGAUUACUAUGAUAUUUUAAUAGGAGUAAUUAAUAAGGAUAAAUUCAUGUAAUUUAGAAAUAGACAUGAAUCUUCUAAUUUCCUAAAAUUGCAGUACAUGAAUAUGAAACUUGCAAAAUUUUUUAAUUAUUAUCCAAAGUAAUGUUUAUUUGAAAAAGUUUACAAGUUUGGAAAAAUUUGUACAAAUAUCUUAGUGGCAUAAACAUUAAAUUUUUAUUUUCAUAAAUUCCACAUUUGCUUUUAGUACUUUAGAGCUAAAAAGGGACAAAGAAAUUUUCUGCUUGCUGAAAGUAUCAAAUAUAAUCAUUGUCUCUGAACUUGUGCAUUGGCUCAAUUUUAGAUUAAUUUAAUUAUUUCAGCUGUAUUAUAGAUAAAAGUGUAGACAUAAUUAUUAGCCAAUCCAUAAAUUUUAUUCCAGAUUAACAAGUUUUUAAUGAAAUUUGUUUAUACCUUAUGUCAUAUUUUCAUAUACUCCUGAAUGCAAAUCUUGGUGUUCUCUUUAUUUUUCUUAAGCUAUGAAAUGUCUGAAAAAUACAAAUGCUUUACUAGGUUGUAAGUUUUGUAAACAAGGAAAUUGAUAUUAGUAUGUGGUUAAUUAGUAAAUCAAUUUCUUUUCACAUAACUGUUGUUAAAAAUCAGUUGUUUAAUUUUGAUUUAAACUGAAUAAUCUAUAUUCAGACAUUUUUAUUUAUAUAAAUGUUUCACUUAAAUUUAUAGUAUGAUUUUUAUUUUGUUACUGGCAACAUAUUUGGUUGAAGAAUUGUAUUAUUCUGAUUAAAUACAAUUUAUUCUAAAUGAAAAUAUAUGUCAGCACUAUAUUAAAAGUGAAAUAUAUCUAUUUUCUCAUAUUUCUUUCAUCAUAUUUGUAUUAAAUGCAUCAUUUUGUAAUGUAAAUUAAGCUAUCUUACAUAAGAGUUUUAAAAAUGGAAAUCAUGUUGAGAAUAUUUGUUAACAAAUAUGUAAUGCUACUGAAUUCUCUCAUGUUAACCACAAGCAAUUUUAAAUUAUUAUAGCUCUUUUAUGUGUUUGAAGUAUGAAUCUUAUUAUAUUACAUAAGAUUCAUUUUUAAUGAGGAAUUCUUAUAUUUUUGAUGUAAAAACAUAAUUGUAAGAGUUUUGAAUAAUGUGUCACGUCUAGUAGUUUGCACAUAAAAAAAUGCAAAAUGAGUAAACAAAUAAAAUUUUGGAUAUUA